CUGUAGCGGCCCUAGUUGCUGUGGUGGCUGGGGCUGCUCGUGCAGCUGCGGACGGAGGCGGGGGGAAGCGGCUGGAGCGGGAGGAGGGGCUGCAGGAGGAGCAGCUAUGGCUAUGCCCAACUCCCUCUUGUGGGCAGUUGAUAUCUUUGGGAGGGUUUACACUCUUUCUACAGCUGGCCAGUACUGGGAGCUCUGUAAAGACAGACAGCUGGAAUUCAAACGAGUCUCUGCUGUCAAACAGUGCUGCUGGGGAAUAGCUUGUGAUCACCAGGUAUAUGCCUACGUAUUCUCUAGUGAUGUUCCAAUCCGAUUCCAGGAAGAAACUUAUGAGAAUCAGCGUUGGAAUCCGGUUGGUGGCUUUUGUGAGAAAUUAAUGCCCAGUGAUCGCUGGCAAUGGAGUGACGUGAGCGGGCUAAAACAUCAGCAGCUUGACAGUUUCACGCUGCCAUCACCGCACUGGGAGUGGGAGUCUGACUGGUACGUGGAUGAAAAUAUUGGAGGGGAACCAACAGAGAAAGGGGGUUGGACGUAUGCCAUUGACUUCCCAGCUACCUACGCAAAGGAUAAGAAAUGGAAUUCCUGUGUCCGACGUAGGAGGUGGAUCAGAUACAGGAGAUACAAAUCACGAGACACUUGGGCAAAGAUAACAUCCCAUGAUGAUCCUAAACAGUUGCCAGAUCCUUUCAACGAUAUCUCCAUUGGAGGAUGGGAAAUCACUGACGAGCCCAUGGGCCGGUUAUCGGUCUGGGCAGUGUCCUUACAAGGAAGGGUAUGGUAUAGAGAAGACGUUUGCCACCACAAUCCAGAAGGCUCCUCGUGGUCCUUAAUAGCCACCCCUGGUGAAGCAGUACAGAUCAGCUGUGGACCAUAUGACCUCCUGUGGGCAACACUUUGGGAGGGGCAAACUAUUGUGAGAGAAGGGAUUGAUAGAAAUAACCCUCAAGGAAUUUCUUGGACAAUUGUGGAACCCCCAAGCCCUGAAAAUGGGAUCCUGCACGUCUCUGUGGGUGUAAACGUGGUGUGGGCGGUUACUAAAGACAGAAAAGUGUGGUUCAGAAGAGGUGUGAACUCACACAAUCCAUGUGGCACCAGCUGGAUUGAAAUGGUUGGAGAAAUGAUGAUGGUAAACGUAGGCUUAAAUGACCAGGUCUGGGGAAUCGGCUGCGAGGAUCGAGCAGUUUAUUUCCGGCAAGGCGUCACACCGAGCGAGCUCAGCGGGAAGACAUGGAAGGCGAUUGUAUCGGUCAGAGAGAGUGACAGGUCUCAGACCGGCAGCUCGACCAGUCUGCUCAGCGCUGGCUGUUUCUUCAGUGACGACGUUAGGGAGCAAAUGAAUUUGAUCGUUCAGAGCGAUGCAGACAUUUCCUCUGAUACCGAGAGCCCACAGAUACAGCCAAACCUUGCCGACGCGCCCCUGUCAGGUGCUGCAGCUAGCGUCAAUGGUAACAACGUGGGAAGCCAGUCAGCAGAAGCGAGUGCAAACUUGACUGUGGAGCCUCCGGACUCUGCUCCUGAAGAAGCCAGCCCUGCUUCAGACAAUGGCGAGAAGGCUGGUCUCGAAAAUCCCCAGUCUUCUGCUGACCAGGAUCCGCAUCCUGCAGAACUGCAGUGGACAAACAUUGACUUAAAGGAGGCCCAUAAAAAGCCUCUGCUCUCCGCCAGCACCUUCCCGGAGACGUCCAGCCUGUCUUCCCUUGGCAUGUUCUCAGUUGGAGUCGAAGAACAUUAUGGAGCUGAUGAGCAUCCGUUGUGGGCCUGGGUGUGUGGGGGAGGCUGCCUGGUGGAUUCACACAGCUCGCUGAAAUGGUUCACUCUUCAGUCAGGUCUGUUAUCCUCUGUGCAGUCUCUUUCCCUGUCUAUCAGUCCAGCGCAGACAGCAGCGUGGCGAAAGCAGAUUUUCCAGCAGCUCAGUGAGAGGACCAAGCGGGAACUGGAGAACUUUAGACACUAUGAACAAGCUAUUGAGCAGUCUGUCUGGGUGAAAACGGGGACCUUACAGUGGUGGAGAAGCUGGAAGCCUCAUAAAUGGACAGAUGUGCGAGUGGCACUGGAGCAGUUCACUGGGAACGACGGCAUGCGAGACAGCAUUCUGUUCAUCUAUUACAUGUAUCAUGAGGAGAAGAAGUACAUCCACGUGUUCCUGAACGAAGUCACCAUUCUGGUUGAAGUUCUGAAUGAUGCCAAACACUCCUUUGCUCUCUACACGCCCGAGAGGACAAAGCAGCGGUGGCCAAUUCGUCUAGCAGCCGCCACGGAACAAGAAAUGCAUGACUGGCUGGCUUUGCUGAGCAUGUCCUGCUGCGAAAGCAGACGGAUUCAAGGCCCUCCCUCCCACCAGGCCAUCUGGUCUGUUACCUGCAAAGGAGACGUCUUUGUGAGCGAGCCAAGUCCUGAAUUAGAGGCCACACCACAUCUGAUGCCAUGUGACCAAAUGUUUUGGCGUCAGAUUGGAGGGCAUCUCCGCCUGAUAGAGUGUAAUAGCCAUGGCAUAGUAUGGGGCAUAGGUUACGAUCACACGGCCUGGGUUUAUACUGGAGGAUACGGAGGCGGCUUCAUUCAAGGAUUGGCCAGCAGUGCCGAUAAUAUUUACAUGCAAUCAGAUGUGAAAUGUGUUUAUAUCUAUGAGAACCAACGGUGGAAUCCAGUCACAGGAUAUAGUAACAGAGGGCUGCCCACAGACAGGUACAUGUGGAGUGACGCAUCUGGCUUACAAGAAUGUACAAAAGUUAACACAAAGCCUCCAUCCCCGCAGUGGUCUUGGGUGUCUGACUGGUAUAUUGAUUUUAACAUUUCCGGUGGAACUGAUCGGGAAGGCUGGCAGUAUGCAGCGGACUUUCCAGCAUCCUACCAUGGCCACAAGACGAUGAAGGAUUUCGUACGGCGAAGACGCUGGGCCAGAAAAUGUAAAAUAAUCACCAACGGACCCUGGCUGGAAGUGCCUCCCAUCACCCUCUGGGACAUCGCCAUAAUCCCUAGUUCGGCGGCAGACAAAGAAGAAUCGAUAGCACUCUGGGCAGUUAGUGACAAGGGAGACGUGCUGUGCAGACUCGGAGUAACGCAGCAAAAUCCAGCUGGAACAUCAUGGCUUCACGUGGGAACGGAUCAGCCCUUCAUGUCGGUCUCGAUUGGGGCAUUCCACCAAGUCUGGGCUGUUGCCAGAGAUGGUUCUACCUUCUACCGGGGUUCAGUGUCUCCAAAAAAACCUGCAGGAGACUGUUGGUACCAUAUUCCUUCACCUCCAAAACAAAAGUUAAAACAAGUCUCAGUAGGACGGACAUCUAUGUUGGCGGUGGAUAAAAAUGGUAAUCUCUGGUACCGUCAGGGAAUCACACCAAGCUACCCUCAAGGAUCCAGUUGGGACCAUGUUUCAAAUAAUAUCCGUAAAGUUUCUGUGGGACCCCUGGAUCAGGUUUGGGUGAUAGCUGACAAAGUGCAGGGAAGUCACAGCCUAAGUUGCGGGACAGUCUGUCAUCGAACAGGAGUCCAACCAUUGGAACCAAAAGGGCUCUCAUGGGACUACGGCAUUGGGGGUGGAUGGGAGCACAUUACAGUCAGAGGAAAUGCAACUGAAGCUCCUAAGUCUGCUUUACAUGAGACCUCUGAAGAGCAUUCAGCAAACCCAGUGGAUCUAGAAGAUGGGGAGAAUGGAGGAAAAGGAAACGGAAACCAUUCUAAAACCACCUUGAUGGUUAACGAAGGGCAAGAACUAGACAGAAACACCGUUAAUUGUUAGUAUUUGCUGUUCUCUGUACACUGGCUGCUGCUUGUUUCCCAAGCAAUUUAAAGAAAAACAAACUGUAGGACACAUCAAACUCAACCCAUUUCUGCUCAGAAAAAAAGGCCGCCUGAUAAAACUAAUGCAUUUUAUAGAACUGGAAUUUGCAAUAUGGGCAUUUUAAUCUUUAAUUUAUUCUUAUACUGCUAAGUUAAUAGACUGACUUGAUAGAACUGACACAGUUUUGACAAGAGAGACAAGGUGCUGUUUGGAGCCGCAGGAAUAGCCCUGACCCCUAUUUAAAGCUGCUACACAAACUGUGUGAAUGUGACUAUCUUUACAGACUCAUUUAUUUUUCUGUAGAAGUCUUUAAUUCCCUUCCCUACAUCCCUUAACACUCACU